AUGGCCGCAUCAUCGGGCUGGCUCCCGCUGUCCGAUGCCUCCUGGACAAGAGAGUGUAUUGGCGGCGAGCAGAGUGCCUCGUACAACCAAAAUGUCGGUGAUGGCCAUACCGAGCUCACCAUCGAGGUCCCCUUCUCCAGUAGCUUCUCUACCAGCGAGCUUAUCCAGAGAGUCCGCAAUGCCUGGCUUGUCUGCCACUCGACGCAUCCCCACAUCGCAGGGCAGCUCUCGACGGGCACCGAAAUCCCGCAGAUGAUGAAGUACGAGGCGCUGCGAUCUGAGCAGGAUGCCCACGCCUGGUUGCGAGAGACACUCCACGUAGUCACGGGUCAGACGGCCCAUGACGUUGCUCGCUCGACCUACAGCCGCCGUCUGCAAACCAAGGGCAAGCGAAGCAUGCUGUACCUGGUGACGGCGCCAUGGGCAGACCCAGAAGAUGCGAAUCGACACUGCCUCGUCUGGAACCUUAGCCAUGUGCUCGCCGACGCCUCUAGUAUCCCGCAGCUCUUCAACCAACUAUUGUCGCACGUGAUGCGGGUUCCCGGCGACGUCGAUGCGACCGUUGGCGAGAUCAACUAUUCCAGAGUCCUGGAACGCCUGCCCAUUAGCCCAGUCACGGCAUACGAGGCCCAGUACAGGCCGACUCCCGAGGAAAAGGAAAGGGCAAUACAGGAAGCCGUUGCUCAAGCUGAGCUCUACGCUGCAAAGCUGCCGCAAUCGGUUGCCAUGUAUCCCGAGGCCAACACUACUUCGCGUCCGCAUGAAACGCACUGCAUCCGGCUGCAAUAUAGCCUGGACGAGUCCAGGGCACUGCUCUCGGAGCUGCGUCGCGAAUCCCUCAGCAUCACGUACGCCGCGUCGGCCGCAACCCUGUUGGCCGUCAAGCAAAUCUAUGAAAAGGGCCACGAGAGCGGCGGCUUGAUCGGCAUGACGCGCAGCGCGCAGCGAUGGGUCGACACGAGUCGCUCCAUCCCGAGCGCCGCCGACGUUGUUUUCCUCUGGAUUCCGUUUGAGCAGCACUGGUUCGGCGGCUCUACGCGCCACACGAUUCUGUCUCUCGGCCGAGCCAUACGAGCGCGGCUGGCGCCGCAUCUCACGUCGCCGCAUUACCUGUCCGCCGCCUCCUUCACGUCGCGACGAGCCGUGGCGGCUCUUGCGGCUGCCGCGGCCCAGGCGGAUGCGCAGGCGGCGCCCUGCCCUCCGGGAUUCUCGCCCCAGGGCGCCCUUGGGCUGAGGCAGGAAUACCGCUCCAGUGACGGCGACGCUUGGAUCCGGGCACACGAUUUCGUGCACACUGGUCGACAGGUCAACGACUCUCCCUGGGUGGGAAUGUUCUCCCUCUGGGAUCGGGUGACGCUCUCCAUGGGAUUCGACAGCAAAUACCACGACGCACGGGGAAUGGAGGCGUUCAUGGCCGCAGUCAAAUCCAACCUGGGUUCCAUCGUUGAGCAACCCACGGCCAACUUGUAG